GAUGAGAGCAGAUGUUGAAAUUUUGCCGUGCUCCUGAUCCACAACAGCUGGCUUAUUGCAGGAGUACUCUUUAAGACAAGGGAUAUAUACCUCUGUUGCGGGUGGUUUCCCAGUCCGGUUACAUUUUCAAGCAAGAUGAGAUUUUAACAUCUACCGGCUGUACGUUAAACUAUCUAUGCUUAUAAUUUCAGUAUUAAUGCGAGUUCUAUCAGAUCAUCUCAAUAAACAGAUCAUCAUCAACACCAAAAGCUUAGCUUCUUACCGUAAAACGUCUCUGCAUUUCAGACGUACGUACGUACUAGCUAGCUCGAAUGGAUGCAAGAUUGUUUCAGGCGGUUUUUCACGACGACGUUGCUGCAUUUCACACAUUACUAGCAGAAGAUCCGCUCUUACUUCAUCGUGUUGCCCUCAACUCGAUCGAUAACCCUCUACACAUAUCAUCGUUGGCUGGAAAUACAGCAAUCACAAAAGAUAUUGUUCUGCGAAAGCCAGAGUUUGCUGGGGAGCUAAAUCAACAAGGGUUUAGCCCCGUGCACAUCGCCUCCGCAAAUGGGCAUGUUGAGAUAGUGAGAGAGCUUUUGAAUAUUAAUGCUGGAGUUGAUCAUGUCUGUCUUUUGAAGGGAAAAGAUGGCAAGCUUCCACUUCAUUGUGCUGUGAUCAAAGUGAAGAAUAACCAGUUGGAAGUUGUCAGGGUCUUGCUUGAAGAGAUGAAGAGGCUGGACAUGAUGAUGGAGGUCAUUAACUGUACGGACAAGAAGGGGAACACAGUAUUGCACUUGGCAACGUUGGGAAAACAACAUGAGACCAUAGGGAUGCUGAUUGGAGAAGAUGCCAUUGCUACUGGGGUCGAUGUAAAUUUUGUGAACUCGAGUGGAUUCACACCCAAAGAUGUCCUAGAAUUAAUGCUUCAAAGCGGAGACGAAUCCUCUAAUUUGUAUGAUGUGGUUGAGAUGUUUCACCAUGCUGGAGCACUGAAAUCUGGGGAAAUGAUCACAACAAAUCAUGAAACCCUUAUAGCUUGUCAUCGAAAUGAUCAAGCAAAAGUUCAGCACCUUGAUGCAAAUCCAUCAUCAGAGACAGUACCUUCUUCUUCUUCUCGUCUAUCAAAUAUCUGGAAGGAACUGACAAAAGAAAUAGAAGAAUCAUCAAUGGAAAGCCAAAAUGCGCUGAUGGUUGUGGCUGUACUCAUAGCAACAUUAACAUACCAAGCAAUGCUUACCCCUCCGAGUGGUACUUUGUCACCAGAGAGCAGAAAGCCUGCAUUCGGUUCACAUUUUACAAGGAUAUAUGUAGCGCCUGGAGAGGCUGUCAUGGCUAAUGAUCCUGAAGUUUUUGCCCUUUUCACUGUUUUUAACGGCAUAGGAUUUAUUGCAUCCAUUGACAUGAUAUCACUCCUCACCCAAGGAUUUCCUCUUAGGGCAGGCUUGCGGUUUGCUAUUCUGUCAAUGACUGCUACUUUUGUUAUCGGAGUUUUCUAUGUUGCUCCUACGAAUGAUGGAACUGUGUAUGCCGUGGUUGGGGUAAUGGGAGUGGGUGUCCUUGUGGAGUUUGCUCGGUUCAUGCUCUAGUUGCUGAGGAAAUCGGGUGUUCUUCCUAUCAAAACAUUAAGAUCAUGUUCCUCUACGAGUAAUCGAUCAGGGGUUUGAUUGUAAUAUUGUCACUUUUCCUUCGUUUGUUUUGUGUUUAAUGGUAACUAUGCACUAAGUGUGCUUCUACACGACAUAAGAUCUCAUGCAUGUCUUACAAGAAUGCAAAUCACCUAAAGUUUCUUGGGAAUUAAGAUGUUGAAUAUGUA